AUGGCUUCUGAAAUUAUUGAAAAGGAAAGACAAAACUUUGUAAAAAUUCUGCAGCAAGAUCCUGAUUCUGUGCUAGAUACAUUAAUUUCUCGGAAUCUAAUUUCUGAAGAGGAGUAUGAGAUCCUCGAUACUGUUACAGAUCCAUUGAAGAAAAGUAGAAAAAUGUUAAUUCUGGUACAGAAAAAGGGAGAAAGAAGCUGCCAGCAGUUCCUUGAGUGUUUACACAGCGCUUUUCCGGAAUCAACAACCAGUUGGUGGUCUGUACUAGAAUUUGUUAAACAAGAGAAAGGACAUGAGAGAGCAAAAGCUCCUACGUUCACAGAAGAGAAAAAGAAUUCAGAAGUUACUUUGCUCUCUGAAAAGAAACAAUAUAAGAAUACUGAUGACUUCAUGUUUGUAGAAGAGGAGGGCCAAAAUUUAAAAACUACUGGGCCUUUGGGAAACAAAAUACUUAGUAAUUUAGAAGUUACUUUGUCCUUUGAGGAGAAAGAAGAGGAAGGAGAUGAUGAUGAACUGGAAGACACAGUGUAUUCAGAAGACAGAGAGGUCUAUGAAGAUCCAGAAGCUAUUGUAUACUUAGGGGAAGAAUGGGAUGAUGAGAAUCCCGAUUCUGAUUUAUACUUAGGAGAAGAGGAUUAUGUCGAAUCCGUGGCAUAUUUUGAAGAGCCAGGAUCAGCUGAGGAAGAAGAAGCUUCUGUGGAGUACACAGAUUACUGUGGGGAAACUGACCCUGACAAUUUCAGGUCCUCGGAUGAUGAACAGAACUAUGAGAAUCUAGAGACUGAAGUAUCUCUGGAGGAGGAGGAAGCGAAUUUGGAAGAGAGAAGAAAAACAUUCAAAGAAAUUCUAUCAUGUUUGGAAAUGGACAGGAAUAGAAAACUUCUACCAAGUUUUGUUCAACAAUUUCAGUUGGACCAUGGAUGUCAUUGGAUCCCUCAGACAUCAGCAGAUUUAUCCUGGAAUUUCCUAGUAAAAAUUCAGUGCUUGGAUGUGACUGCCAGAGACACAGUUCUCAGCCAGAGGGUUCCAGGUGAGGAUGCCAAAGAGGGACUAACCACUAAAGUAGAAAAUAUGGGUCUUAGAGACAAAGAGACCAUUAACCCACUUGAUGUCCUUUGUGCCAUCAUGCUUUGUUCUGACAACUCUUUGCAGCAAGAGGUCUUAGGGAACAUGUUUAAAUGUCACUUUGCCCUUCCUCUGCUGCUGCCAGAUGCAGAAAACAACAAGUGCCUUUUGAUGUUGGGUGCCAUGAAGAACAUCGUGCCAAAGGUCUCGAUACAUUCUGAAGGAGAUGCUGCUAAGAAUGACACAAAGUCCUUGGUGUUUAUGAAAAUGCCACUUAUCUCUUUUGUUCGCUUAGGGUACUGUGGUUCCUCUAAAUCCAAGAUUCUUAAUGCAGUACUCAGCACUCCCCAAAAGCAACCUCUUGACAUUUUUCACCACAGAGACUCCCUUGCCUCAUUACUUCCUCGAAAAAUCUCUGAUGGCUUAGUUGAAAUUACUUGGUCUUUUCCUAACAGUAGCUCUGGCAAGGAAAAUCUUGACUUUUUCCAAGAGCCUGUGGCUGUGGCCAACCUUCGGGGAGAUCUGGAAUGCUUCUGGACACAGUUUGGCUUUUUAAUGGAAGUCUCUUCAGCUGUGUUCAUUUUUAUUGAUUGUCCAGGUGAGAGGGAAUGGGACCUCCUGGCAUUUCUAGGAGAGGCUGCUAAAGAAAGAUGCUAUUUCAUUCUCAGUCCUCAGUCCAGGGAAAGUGAGGAAGCCCAACUAUUCCAGAGAAUUCUGAAACUGAAGCCAUCACAACUGCUGCUGCUAGAGGAAAAUGAUAUGGGGGAUAGAGGAAGAUAUGUAGAGGGCCUCCGAAUAGCCCUGAAGGAGGUAAUGUGCUCUCCACUUAGACAUGUGUCAGUGGAAGAUAUGGCAUCACUGGCCAGAGAGUUGGGGAUCCAGGUGGAUCAGGACUGUGAGAAAACCCGAGGUGUCCAAGGAACCCUUAAUGAAGUCACAGCUGAAGAAGAUGAGGUUGAGGACAAUACCAGACUACAGAAGCAGAGUCUACAAAAACAUCAGAGAAGACCAGGAGACCAGCAUCCCAGGCAGUACAUUCUCAAUCAGUGGGAUCAAAGCGAGGACAAAUAUCUGGGCAACAAAAGCAAAAUUUUCACACAGGCACCCCUGGGACACAGAGAUCUCAGACAUCAGGAGGAGCUGGGCAGCCAGUGA